AUAGUAUAGGAAAAGGCGUUACUAAAGCAGAAAAGAAGCUGUAGGUUUGUCAGUUUUGAGUGCACAACGAAGCAUCGUGGUGAGUCUCUUGAUGGCUAAUGCCCCGAAAUUGAAUGGUUUCUUGCAUACUUUCUGGCGAAAAUUAGAUGAAAAUGCAGUACCAGAGUAUCGUAGGAAAGGAUGACAAGCAAAAGCAGAAGUGGCAAUGUAGAAGGUGACAACACUGGCAAAACAUUUCCUAAGAUGCUCAUUGUCUACCGUUUUGGUGUAUUUAUCAACGGAUACCGAUGUGCUGUCCUCAGUUGCUGGUUUUCAAACUUCAACGGUGAAAGGGAAGGAAAACUAUAAAUAUUUGUAUGAUGUUGGGUUGGGAGCUUGAAGCUUUAAAGCCACUGUAGGUCUUGGUAUGAAUUUUUAUUGGCUUUAAAGGUGGCUAGGAGGCAAAGAAACAGAGUAACUAGAAAGUGAAAGAUAAAAAAAUUAUGGGGAAGUGAGUUGGAGUCAGAUUUGUGCCUGUUGGUGUCUCAGUUUAGAGAAUUAUUUAGUUUUACUUCUCUGUUGGUUAUGCCUCCUUAGCUGACUUGGUGUGCCCGGACUCAGUGGGCUUUGCCACCAAACAAGGAAACAAUCUCUUCUGAGGGUCCCUUUCCAUGUAAGAGAACCUUUGAAUAAAAAAUGGACUAUCCCAUCUUGUCUAUCUCUCUUAAAGAUUCAGCUUCUGCUUUGUUCGCUGUCAAGAUUCUGUAGUAACUAUCCUUGCUCUGCUAGAAAUCCCUCUUUUCUCUUAUAUUUAAGAGAUUUGGAUACACUUAGUCAGCUGCCCCCACCCCUACUUCUGGGGUAGUCUUUUCCAUUUCUGGAAAAUUAUUAUAGAACUCAGGCUGGUACUAUGCGUGUGACCUGGGGAUGAUUUUAGUGGGGUGGCCAUGACCUACUGGAUUUAGCAAUUAACAAUUGAGUGGGGGGGAAGUUUUGUUUGAGUUGUUGGUGAGAUCUUAAGAUGAAGCUUAUGAAACUUGGUUCGAGGCCAGAUACCUUCCAGACUGAUGGAAACAAUGUUAGGUUUGUGGCAAGUGAUUUGGCAUCAGAUAUCAUUGUUAGUGUAGGUGAUAUAAAAUUUUAUUUACACAAGUUCCCUCUUCUGUCAAAGAGUUCUCACUUGCAGAAGUUGGUCACCACCAGUAAUUUAGACACUGGACAUGAAGUUCAAAUUUCUGACAUUCCUGGAGGUGCUACAGCCUUUGAGAUGUGUGCCAAGUUUUGCUAUGGCAUGACUGUUACCCUCAAUGCUUACAAUGUAUUUGCAGCUCGAUGUGCUGCAGAAUACCUUGGAAUGCAUGAGACUAUUGAGAAAGGGAACCUCAUUUACAAGAUUGAUGUUUUCCUCGGCUCUAGCAUCUUUCAUAGUUGGAGGGAUUCCAUCAUUGUUCUUCAGACAUCAAAUCCCAUGUUACCUUCGGCUGAGGACUUAAAGAUUGUCAGUCAUUGCACUGAAUCUAUAGCAAGUAAGGCGUGUCUUGAUGUAUCCAAAGUUGAUUGGUCCUACUCCUAUAACAGGACAAAACUCCCUCGGGAAAAUGGAAUUGAUCCAAACCAGAAUGAAGGUAGAACUCGUCAUGUGCCAACAGACUGGUGGGUUGAAGAUUUAUGUGAGCUUGAAGUUGGUUUAUACAAGUCUGUAAUCACCAAUAUAAUGAACAAGAAAAUUCUAUCUAGUGAAGUAAUAGGAGAAGCUUUGAAAGCUUAUGCCUACAGAAGAUUACCUAAUUUCAGCAAGGGCCUGAUCCACCAUUGGGAUGUGUCAAAGCAUCAGUUAAUAGUUGAAACAAUCGUGUGGCUACUGCCUGAUGAGAAAGGCAGUGUUUCUUGUAGGUUCUUGCUCAAGUUAUUGAAGGCUGCCAUUUUUGUAGAUUUAGGAGAUAUGACUAAACAAGAGCUGGUGAGGAGGAUUGGGCGGCAAUUGGAGGAGGCUUCUGUUAGUGAUAUUUUAAUACAAGCACCUGAUGGGGAGGCUACCAUGUAUGAUGUUGAUAUAGCACAGAAAAUCGUUACAGAAUUUUUAAUGCAGGAUCACAAUGCUGAGCUUGAAUCUGCUGGAAUCAGGAGACUCGAGGAGAUAACAAGGCCAGGGAUUUUAUCAGAUGCUUCAAAGUUGAUGGUUGCAGAAUUUGUUGACGGAUACCUUGCUGAAAUUUCAAAAGAUCCUUAUUUACCUUUGUCAAAGUUUGUUGAUCUUGCUGAAUUGGUGUCUGGCAUACCUCGUCCUUCUCAUGAUGGACUUUACAGGGCCAUUGACAUGUAUCUCAAGGGGCACCCAGGAAUCAGCAAAGUUGACAGAAAUAGGAUAUGCAAGCUGAUGGAUUGCAAGAAGCUAUCGAUCGAUGCCUGCAUGCAUGCAGUGCAAAAUGAAAGACUACCGAUGCGUGUAGUUGUGCAGGCUCUCUAUUUUGAGCAGGUAAGGACUGCUGCAACUUCAGGCACAAGCACUCCUGACAUGCUGAAAGGGAACAUCAAGUAUCUAAACAGUGGAGCAGCAAAUAACACGGAUAAUAACUCAGAUGCUGUCGCCAUAGCUGAGGAGCUGAAGGCAUUAAGGAAGGAACUUGCAUCCUUAAGUUUAUCCAACAGAGACAAAGAUGGAGAUCAUGAUACUAAACCUAACACGGACAACGUUGUCAAGAGCAAGAUGAAAGGGUUGCUCAAGUCAAAAAAGUCCUUCAUAAAACUGUGGACUGGCAAAAUGGGUGUGGGAGAAAAUAAUUGGGGCUCGGACUCCUCUGAGAGUAAUGGUUCUGCUACACCAGAAGAAGCCAAAUCUACACCUUCCAGAAACAGGAGGCACUCAGUUUCCUGAGAGUGAAAUGAAUUCAUUCUGAUGCCUGUUUUUCCAGCAUUAUUGACCAGCAUUGAUGUUUUAUCUAUGGAUUGAGUAUUAAAACCAAGGUAUAUAUAGUUUGGGAUGGCACAAUUUUUGAGGAUGGAGAUAAUGUAAUCCUUGGUAAUCAUUCUAUUCAAACUAGCUGCAACUCAAACUUUUGUUUCCACUCAAGUCCAGAUAAUGUGAGUGAAUCUUCUCCA